UCAAGACCCGCAAUCUUAGCUUUGUCUGUUUGACGCAGCUACUUGCAUAGAGCCCUCCGAUAUGGGUGGGCUAUAUCACGUGUUGUUUUGGCUUCUACCGACUAUACAGUUUCAAGUGUCACUCGCGUUCAACAGGACGCUGUAUCCGAUCCUGGAAGCCGAGCAGCGCUUACACAGGGACCUGCUCAAAGGUUACGAGGCCGCUGUGUGUCCCUCACAGAACAUGUCAGACGCCGUGCAGGUCUCGUUUGGCGUCACCAUCGUCAACAUACUCGAACUGAAUGAGCGGACGGAGAUACUAGACGCCAAUAUCUUGUUGCUGAAGAGCUGGCAUGACGUCAGACUGGAGUGGAAGCGAGAGGACUAUGCCGGAAUUGAAGUGACGCGACUUCCAAUAAGUCUCAUCUGGAAACCAGAUAUUAUCCCAUACAACAAUGUCGACUCAUCGUUUGAUAUCAUGGAGACCAUGGCCGUAGUAUACACGAGUGGUCACGUCACUUGGUCGCCAUCGGGUCGCCUCAAAAGUCGAUGCAACGUCGACCUGACCAAGUUCCCCUUCGACAAACAGAGGUGUUCCAUGAACUUUGGCAGCUGGACGUACUCGGACAACAAGCUGAACAUAACAUUUGUCGGUGGCUCUGCUAAGACAGCCGUGGAAUUGGACAGCCAGAUGCGGGAGAACCACUGGGUGGUGGACGACGUGCGUGCUGUGAUUACCAAGAAGGCCUACACGUGCUGCAAGGAGACCUACCCCGAGGUGGUCAUCAGUCUGACGCUGAAGAGGAACCCGGUCUUCUACGCCCACAUGUUCAUCAUCCCUGCUGUACUUCUGGGAAUACUCGUCCCUUUCCAGUUCCUGCUGUCUCCUGCGUCCAAGGAGAGAAUAACAAUGGAUUCUGUACUAAUCAUGUCAAUAAUGUUACUCAACCUAAAGCUACAGGAUGUUAUCCCCGGAACUAGCAACACCGUACCAGCUGUAGAAAUGUAUUACAUGCUGACUUUGAUAUGGGUUGUCAUUUCAAUGGUGUCGUCAAUGUGGGUAGUCAAUGUAUACAGUAGCGGCCCGCGUUGUCGUAAGGUUCCAGACACCGUCCGUUGGAUCUUUCUGAGAAGUUUAAAGAGACUGGUGUGUCUCGGUGGCGAGAGCUAUUACCCUUUGGAUGAAACUGAGUCUAUCUCACUGCGAGGCAUCGACAAGACCUCCGUGGGGGCUCCGACUCCGACAGAAGGAUCACAGCGAAAUCAGGACACACGGUGCUCGUCCAAGGUGGAGACAACUAUGGUUGACAUCCUGCGCCAGCUCCAUCUGUUGACAGCAAGGGCCGCAAUCGACGAGGCUAGAAAUGAUAUGCUGAACGAGUGGUACCAGGUGGCGCUAGUGCUAGACCGAGUCAUGUUUUUCUUCUUUAUACUUAUUUUCCUAAUGUGCACGGUCAUUCUUUUAGGGUGAAUCCAUUACCAACAUCAUGGCUUUUCUUUAUCACGUGUUAUUGAGUUGAGGCUGUUCGAGAAAUUAUCGCAUGGAGGUGGGUUUCGUAUUGUUAUAUGUAUAGUGAAAUUCCACAUUUCCAUCAUAAAAGGGAAAUUUCUUUCCAACAUCCAUCACCCAUAUAAACAAAAUUAAAUCAAUUGAAAUUGUGUACAUUGCUAACAUUUUUAACUACGCUCUCUUAUUACCUGAUCAUUUCUGGAAUAACAUCUAAAUAAACCAGUAUUGUCAGUUCUGAUCAACGCGUAUCUUUCUCAUAUUAUGUCAACGGGGAUAAACGCACACGUCGUGGAUCAUUUUGUAUCAGAUGUAUCUCCUGGAGCAUUUUGUACAUACUAGUGUACAUGUUGUGGCCAUUUUUCCCAUUCACUAGUCUUUGAAAUACAUAUAUAUGCGUUCAUAUACAUUCAGCAAUACAAUUUUUAAGUAUGUACAUACACCGUAUGCGAAAUUGCAAUGUGUUCUAGUCAGACGGAGAGUAAAACAAGACGUGUAUCUUUUGUGAUGUUAACGUCUAAUAGUGUGUGAUAUAUAUAAACACACAUAUAAUAUUUAUAUAGUAUAGUGUACAUAUCUGUAUGACACAGUCUAUAGUGAACAAUAUUUAUAGAUAUAAACACACAUAUAAUAUUCGUAUAGUAUAGUGUAGUGUACAUAUCUGUAUGACAGUCUGUAGUGUACAAUAUAUAAAUAUAUUGUUAAAAGUGCUAAUGUAAUGUUUUGAAUAUAUUUUGACAUUUCGUGUAUUGCAAGCUGGAGACCGCACUCUUUAAAUACAUGUAACAAAACAAUACUUACAGAAAAUGUUUUAUGUAUUGCGGUCACAGCUGCAAAAUAGUCCUUGUCGUGAGGCAGUGAGGCUUUUUGUUUGUUGAUGUGGCAAUAUAAUUAUAUUGUAAACUUUGUUUAA